AUGGCUAAUAAUUCAUCCCAUUGUGGAAAUACUCGGAUAUUUAUCAAUGAUGAACAUAUUAAACUUGAACAGGAAUUAAAUACGCAGCCAAUAAUUAAAGGUGAAACCAUGGAACAAAGUAAUGCAAUGGAACUUGUACUAAUUAAGGAAGAAAUACUAGAAGAAAGUGAUAUAGAGGAACCUGAACAAUUAAAUACACUAGAAGAAAGUGACGUGGAGCUAGAACCUGGACAACUAUUAAAUACUGAAUUAAUAAUUAAGGACGAAAUAAUAAAUACAAAUGAUUUAGACCAUCAACAAUCUCAUAAUGAAGAUAAAGUGUAUUCAUGUGCCGAUUGUGAUAAAACAUUUACUUGGAAAGGCAGUUUAAUUCGACAUAAACAAGCACAUACAGGAGAAAGGCCUUUUUCAUGUGAAAUGUCUGGUCUUUCAGGUUUAAGUGUAGAUAUAUUAGAAAGACAAUGUUUACAAUUACAAAAACGUCUUCAACAAAAACAACAAAGAAUUUCAACAUCAUUUGUAAUUAUAUUAAUUACAGUUAUACUUGGCGUUUUAAUUACACAAUUUACACAAAUGCAUGUAAUUGAUUUUAUGGUGAAAUACGCACUGGGUACACGAUGUUUUAUUCCAAAUAAUUAUUUAAUAUGGGAAGCAACAAGGCCUGUAUCAAAUUGUGAUUUCUGUAUAAAUAUCACAAAAGCUUUAAUUUUACCAAAUUUAACACGUGAAGAAUUUGCACCAUAUGCUUAUUCAUCACGACCAAUUAUUAUUAAAAAUGCUGUACAACAUUGGCCAGCAAUGACUGUAUUUACAUAUGAAUUUUUUAAGAAUUUAUAUGAAAAUAUUGAGGGUGCAUAUGAGAGUGUGGAUGAUGGUUGCCAGUUUUUACAUUUUCAAUCAGAUUUUGUUACGAUUCGAGAUGUUUUUCAAAUGAGUGAAGCUCGUGCCAAAAAUUUACCGGGUGAAAAAUCAUGGUAUAUUGGAUUGGGAAACUGUCAUCCAGAAGUUUUAAAUGAAAUGCGUAAAUAUUAUCCAAGACCACAUUUUUUACCAGAUGAUGCCGAAAUUUCAAAUCGGGAAUAUAUAUUUUUUGGAUAUAACGAUGGAGCUACAAUGCAUUUAGAUUAUAUACCACGUUUAAUGUGGCAAGCACAAAUAAGUGGAAAUAAAACAUGGAAUUUAAUACCAACACCAGAAUGUGAAAAUGUUUGUAAUCAUAUAAAGUUUUAUGUGGAAGCAGGUGAUGCAAUUUUAUUAGAUACUCGUGUAUGGUAUCACAGCACAUCAAUAAAUACUCCUGGAGUAUUUAGUUUAACCGUACAAUCUGAAUACGGUUAAACGAUUUAACUAUUUUUUAAUUCUUUUUUUUUUUUUUUUUUUAAAUACAUAGUUGCAAUAUGUUUUUUGUACAAAACGUUUUCUAAUCGUGUGUGUAUUUCGAGUACAAAUUGUUAAGAGACAAACUUUAUUUUUUUGCACAUUCUUGCCUUGCACAAUAACAGAUAUU